AUGAUUGCACAGUUGAGCAAGGAGCUGAGGGAGCGUGUUCUGAGGGGGAAGUACCGCGUUCCCUUCUACAUGUCCACAGACUGCGAGGGGAUCCUCCGCCGGUUCCUGGUGCUCAGCCCCUCCAAACGCUGCACCCUAGACCAAGUCAUGAAGGACAAGUGGAUUAAUGCAGGGUAUGAGGGGGAAGACCUGAAACCCCACAUAGAACCUGUGGAAGAUUUCAGUGACGCAGCUCGCAUAGAGGUGAUGGUGGGGAUGGGCUUCACUCCAGAGGAGAUCAAGGACGCUCUGCUUAAUCAAAAAUACAAUGAAGUCACUGCCACCUACCUACUACUGGGACGCAAAGGCGAUGAGGCCAGUGAGGCCCGCACAGCCAGCAGCCUGUCCCUGGCCAGAGUACGACCCAGCCCCAUCACCAACGGGACCAACAAGCACUCUUCAGCCACCGGCACCUCCUCCUCCUCCUCCACCUCCUCCUCUUCACAUAGCAAGACUCAGCGCAGUGCCUCCACCUAUCACAGGCAGCGGCGACACAGCGACUUCUGCGGGCCGUCCAUGCCCGUAAUGCACCCCAAGAGGAGCCCCACCAGCACGGGGGACCGCGAGCUGCGGGAGGGCCGAAUGCCUUCACGUAAGGCCAGCUGCAGCGUGAUGGGGAGCCACAGCCUCCCCCCCUCCAGCCCCAUGGUCAGCAGUGCCAACAACCCCAACAAGUCUGAGAUCCCAGACCGCCGCAAAGACAUGACUGCCACCACGAAUAACAUCCCUGGAAGCGCCAUGACGCGCAGGAACACGUACGUGUGCACCGACCGCUCGGGCACUGACAGACAAUCUCUCCUGCAGAACGGCAAAGAAAACAGCUCCCUGAGCCACCGCCUGCCUGCAGCGUCUCCCUCCACACUCAGCAUCUCCGCCGCCGGAGCGGCCUCCUCCUCUUCCUCUUCGGACCGGUGCCGUCUGACCCGAGGCUCCACCAUCCGCAGCACCUUUCACGGGGGACAGCUGAGGGACCGCGGGACCCCGGUCUACUCGGCCCCGCCUACUUCACCCACCCUGUCCCACCAUGAAGCCAGCCCCCUGCCACACGCCCGCACCAGGGCCACCUCCAACCUCUUCACCAAGAUAACCUCCAAACUCACCCGCAGGGUCACAAAUGAAUCUGAGGGAAUCAGGCGAUUUGCGGUCACAAGUUGCCAUCUACCUGGGUAUCAAAAAGCGUCCGAGCCCCGGGCCGUCGGACGUGGCUGGGAUCUGAGGGGGGGGGUGCGGCGGGACCCUGCGGAGGUGGUUCUGGCUCUGCGGGAGGCGGCACUCGGCUGUGGCUGCCAGGUCCACCACGCCGGCCCCUUCCUGCUCUCCUGCAGCCACGGGGUGGCGGGGGGCCGUGUUGCUUUCGAGGCCGAGGUGUGCCAUCUCUCCACAGGCACCUCGGAGACUUCUAACGGGGUGCGCUACACGAGACUCUGGGGGACACCGCUAGCUUUUCGGGACAUUGCUACCCAAAUCUCCAAGGACCUUGAACUUUGAAUGGAGGAUGUGUUUGAGUGUGUGUUUGAGUGUGUGUUUUUGCGUGAAUGAGGGUGGAUUUGACUGCGCUAGGGGAGGGGGGGUUGGAAAUAUUGGAGAAAAUAAUAGGCGAGGGGCUGGACCCGGAAGAAAAGACUUCUGUCUCUUUCAUGACUACCCCCCCUGCACACACACAAAUACACACACACACACACACACGCACACACGCACACGCACACACCAGGCCCGUAAAGUCACACAGACUGAGGGCCCCCCCCUUCCAUCCAAUCAACCCCCCAGCUCAGCCAGCUGAGCACCUGCACCUACUGGACCUGGAUCAGAUGGAUAUUUUUUAUUGCUACUCUAGCCAUAAUGACUCUUUAUUUUGUUAUUUAUUGCUCUGGUCUUUGGUCUUUGUUCACAAACGUCAUCUCCUGACCAGCCAUCUCCUUCUUUUAACUUCUUCUUUUAUACGUCACAGCAUUUUUCCACUAACCAAUGAUUAUAUGCUGACUCGUCAUCACCUAGGGACAACAAGAUGCACAAUCGCAGAUAUGGUCCGACUCAGUGAUCACACAGUAGCCACACAGGGUUGCAUUGCUCCGAUUAGCGAACAUACAUCAGUGACGAGUGCACUGGAUUAAGGUCAGUGGGAGAGGGGUGACAGGCCUUUGAAACAACCAAUCACAGGGGCCUCUUCCGCUUCAUGAACCAAUAGAAUGCCGUUACUCCAUCAUAUUCACUUCUCUGUAUGGGACUAGCAGACAUUUAAAAUUGGGAAACAAACCCCAUGGUUUGCAAAAACAUUAUACAAACAAGAAAAAGGGAAUAUUUUGGUGCCAUUCUUUCUACACUGAUAUCAUCAUUAUAUUAUACAGCUGAUUUAGCUAAAUAGUAUAAGGUCAGAAGGUGGAAGAAGUACUUACAUCUUUCACUAUAGUAUUAAUAGUAUUACCAACAUCUACUUAAAGUACCAAAACUAACAGUACUCAUUCUGCAGAUUGACCCAGUAACUAAAUAUAUUAAAUACAUGUAGUGGAGUAAAAGUACACCUUUCACCUCUGAAUUGCAGUGGAGUAGAAGUACAAAGUAGCAUAUAAUUGAAAUACUGAAUUAAAGUUAAAGUCCCUCAAAAUUGUAUUGAAGUACAGUACUUGAGUAAAUCUACUUAGUUACUUUACACCACUGCAUAGUGUUGUAUAAGUUCAAUACCAUUGUCUGCAUUGAAUGCCUUUUUUCUCUUAAAGACUAGAUGCACAGGUGCUGCUCUCUGAUUGGCUGGGUUCAUUGUCUGUCAGUGCCGGUCAGUAAGACUUGGUUGAAGCAUUUAGACUUGAUGACCCCUCCCCCCUUUUUCAUCUCAUACCUUUCUUCAAAAGCAUUAUACUGCAGAUGUGACAUACUUGAGAAUAUCUUUCUAAACAGAAGCCCCCCACUGCUUCAGGUGAUUUAAACAAAUGUGGUGGUUGUGCAGACCAAGCGCUCGCCAAAUCCAUACGCUUUCCCUCCCUAGAAUAACUGAGGUACUGUAGGAUUGGUUUAUUAUCAGUGGAAUUAUUUGCUCUGUGCCAUGUGAUCCCACCUCAGGCUUUUCAGUAUGUUGAUGGGAAACACCAAAAGCAAACAGCGAGACCUCUCAGAUCACACACCUUUACACACCCAUACACAGAAACAUGCACUUCUAAUGUCCACCCUCUUCUUUCGGUGUCUGGUCUGCAGGAGGGGGGUGAGGGGGUUCUGAAUCUGGUAAGGCACGAUGAAGGCAGUGCACAGUGUUUUCUUCUUGUUAGUCCUGUUGCCUUUUAAGUGAACAACCCCCAGCGCCUUCAUAUUUAAUGUUAAAGAAAACUAGAGAGUGACAGAAACACUGAGACGGCUUUCUAUUCUCCCUCCCUGUUUUUUAGUGAAUAACGUACUGUGAUAUUUACGUAGGCUACAGAGAUCAUGUUGUUUGGCUGCUGAUUUACUGUUAAUACUAUCUCUCAGUUGUGGCUUUGCUCAUGGUGACCCCCCCCCCCCCGACUCCCUACAUUUAAAGGGACGCCAACCUUAGCUGUCCACCACCUUGGUAUGUACCACCGACCUUUUUCUAUCGUCACGAUGAACAUGUGGCUCUCCUCAGCUCUUCGUUUGAGAAACACUCGGCCAUCAUCCACAAUCUCACAUUGUAGACCCAUGUAUGACAUCUCCUCAGUCCUGUUAGUGUGUGCUGUUUCAUGAAGCCCAACAGGGGGGGGCUGUCAACCUGUCCCCCUCAGGGUGAGAAGCAGACACCCAUAUGGACACCAGGAGUCUGUCCUUGUCCUCUCCCUGGACGUUUCUCAUUGUGGUGUAUAUUAGCAUUAGGUAAUAUAGACCUCAAUGCACUUUGCUUUGACUUGAAUCAGCUCCUUCCAGUGUACCUGUACAGGUAAUACCGAGAACUAGUCACUGGAGGGCGCCAAUGUCUUAAAUGUGAAACACUUCAAUUUGUGGAUAUUUGCACAGGUACCUUAUUUAUUUUUUAGAAUUAUAUCAUUUUAAAAAAAAAAACAGGAUUUAUAUCAGUCAGUUGAUGGCUGUAUAUAAUAUAUGAAUAUAGUAUAUAUCUUAGAGCUCAAGGUUUAUUUAUAGCUAGAGCAAGGGAAGUAAUUCUAGUUUAAAACAGAUUCUGUCAGUGACAAUGGGAAACAAAACCAACCUGCAAUCCUGCAUGACUUCAGAGUUUGGGUUUUAGGGGAAAAAAUUGAACAUGAUGCACACCUAGGAUUGGAAGAGACGUUUGUUUUAUAGACAUGAAUUGAUACGAGGAAAUUAUGCUAAAUGUAGCACCUGGCCCUUCCCCGCUCACAAAAUCAAACAGGAAGGCUGUGGUGAAAUGCAGUGAUUUCACUCCACCUUGUUUGCUAGAGGAUAGGUUUAGUACACUCAAGAUGGGUUUCUGAGUUCUGACAAGUAUUGAGACAUGCCUUGGAAAGUAUCACGAUGUGCAGUGUGAAGAUAAAAAUAUUCAGUUGUAGAUUCAGCAAGGACCCUUACAUUGGGAAUAAAUUGUGCCGUUAGCUUCUAUUCCAACUUAAAUUUAAACCGAUCCCAAUAAGUCCCUAAAAUGUUGAGUUGCAUUCAAGCCAUAGAAAUGUCACAUCACUGUCUCCUGAAGGCAAAUAUGAACAGGUUGUUCGCGAAAACUUGCAGUGGAAAAUAUUGAAGUGAUAAUAGCUCAACAGUAAAUAACUUAGUGUAACAACUCACUCUUAGUAUAAGACGGAUUUUCUUAAGGUGGAAUCUACUGUGAAAAAUUCUUGAAAAUGUUGUUGAGUAAACGUGUGUGUACCUGCUCAGAGACAGUGUGUCCCUGGUCUGGUUUAGAUGGUGGUUGGUACAGUAUUAAGACCCCAGGGGGCGCGGUAUUUAACAUGCACUGUCAUUUCAAAACUGAUUUUGGAAACAGUUAAUGUUUUAUGCAAAAGGAAGAGACUGAAAAACACACGCAGUUUGACCUGUAUGAGUAAUUUUACACUGCUCUGCUGUUUAAUUCCUCCCUUCAGAAACAAACUGUAAAGUUAGAUUGAGUGGUUGUGGUUUAUAAGGAAAACAUGGAGCUGAAGAUUAAUAAAAUUCACUGAUGUUGGCAUGUUUUUUCUUUAUUUUGGUGUCUCAAUCUGAAUAUUUGGUCAUAGCUUUUGAUAUUCUGGCAAAGUAAGUAUUAAUAUAUGAAGAUUAAACUGUGACUGUUAUUUCUUAUUUUCAUGUUGCCACACAAAUCAUCAAAAUUAUCCAUUUAGGUGUUUCAUGGGGUACUUUUUUUAUUGAGCAAUAUGAACAGCGUCAAUAAUGUUUACUUUUCAUAAGAAAAAGUAGGUGAUACCACGUCUGCUAGGCGAGCCCAGCUCAGUGGAGGCUGAUCCCAGGAUGUUACCAAC